AGUCUUUUAAUACACAAUUUUGACCUUGAUGAUUUCUAAUUGCACAUUAGUAAAGAUUAUGAAAAGUCGAUAUCGAUAAAAUACACAUUCGAGACAAACCUAGCAUGCACGAAUUCUUAUAUAUUGGUGAUUAUUUAUAGUCAAAGUUAGAUACGUUGACCACAAAAGUGAAAGAGGGGAGAAAAAAAUAUCGAGGGUGUAAUUUUCUUUUCAUUGAGAGAAAAUGAAACUGAAAACUGAGUUAAAAUGAAAAUAAGUCCAAAAGAAUAAGAUCAUAUACUCUCAUUAGACGUGUUUUUUUGAUCUUGAACUGUGUUUUUUCUUAGCCUAGAAAAGUUUUCAAAGAAGUUUAUGUUCAAAUGAGAUAGGCUUUGCUACUUUUGGCCACUAAAAUGGUCUCUGAGUUUUUUGUCAAGUCAAUGGCAUAAACCAGGCUUUGCUAUUAAUUUGGUGGGAAGGAAUUUCUCAACUCAAUGGCAUAAUGAUGAAUACUUGUACUACAGCAUAUUAUUCCUAAAUUUUCUGACUACACAUUUGUAUCUCGAUUAAUAAUAAGGUCAAACUUGCAUUUUGUUAAUCAUAUAAAACAUUGAUUUUGACAUGAAAACAUCUAGAUCUUAUAUGAAUCAAUCCCUUUUCUUGCAAUAAAGUAAGAAAGUAUCAAACGUUCGAAUACUUCAUCUCUGAUUUAGUAGGAUAUUCGGAAUUCUUCAACUAUUAGACUAAUCCUAAAUCCUAAUUAAAUAUUACUAACAAGGAACGAUAUGAAAUGAGCAAACAUUAGAAUGUUGAAACCACCCAACAUAAUUAUACAAUUUAUCCAUCAACACAUAGAAAGCUAUGAAAAAUUCAAGCAAGCUCAUCAUAUUCCCUCUCAUUUCCCUACAUAUCCUCCUAUGUAUGUCGAAAAUGAGUUGCGCAGAGUCUUGCAACACCUUGAUCUGUGAGAGCCUCUAUAUCAAGUUCCCUUUUCGUUUAAUUGAUCAACAGAUAAAGUCUUGUGGUUCGCCUGGAUUCGAUUUGUAUUGUGAUGACAAACUAGGUCCUCUCCUUACGCUCCCAAAUGCUGGAAACUUCACUGUUGAUUACAUACUGUAUUAUAGCAGAGAAAUAGAGAUUUCUGAUCCAAAUAAUUGUCUUCCUCAAAAGUUGUUAUCUUUAGAUCUUACCACAACGCAUCCUUUCCUACCAAUUAUAAGCCCAAGUACCGAUUUUCAUGUGUAUAAUUGCUCUGGAGUUGGUCUUGAUUAUGACUUAUAUGAUGAAAUUGAUUGCCUUAAGGGUCUAAACUAUACCAUUAUAAGUGUAAAUCCUGGUGCUACUUUCAAUGAUUCUAAUUGCAAGUUACUGAAGAUUGUUUCUAUACCAGAUAAGUAUGCUUUAUUCCGUCCGCUGAGUAGCUAUUCAAGUAUUGAUCUUACUUGGGACGAGCAGAACUGUGAGUCAUGUGACUACUGAUUUCACAACAUAUGUUUGCAACGGCAAAGUCACUGAUAUCCUUUUUCCAUUUCUUUCAAAAAACUGCCCUGUUGCUUAGAAUUUUGAUAUCAAAUUCUCGUAAUCCUCCUUCCAUUUCCUAUUCCUUAAUGCAUAUGUUUUUAAAAAUGAUUUAUGUUGUAUAGUGAUUAUAUUAUUUGGAUUGAGUAACAGUAGUAUAUGUAACAAUAGAAAAUUGGUAAAAUUGGCCUCAAUACCUUAAACUAUAACGUAGGUGCACCAAACACCUCCAACUAUGACUUAUAGCCAGAACACCCCAAAGUACAGACCCGGGUGCAGUCCGUACCAUAAAUGAGGUCGAUGAUUUUCCCUCCGCAGCUGAGCUUUUUCCUCCAAUGGUGUUUUUUUGAAGAUGACUCUUUGUUUUCAGUUGGGGAAGGAGGAGGAAAAGGGAGGGAAAGGAGAAAUGAAGGCAUGUGCUUUUUUUUUGUUUAAGUAAAAAUAUUAGGGUAAAAAAAGAAGAAAAUUAGAUAAGAGGGGAAAAUGGAAAUUAAUAAUAAUAAAUGAAGAUUCUCCCGUAUGUUGUCGGUGAGAAUUAUAAUCACCGACUCAUUUAUGGUACGAACUACACCCAGAUCCGUACUUUGGGGUGUGUUGGCUAUAAGUCUUUAGCUGGGGGUGUUUGAUGCAACUGCACUAUAGUUCAGGGUGUUAAGGUCGAUUUUGCCUAGAAAUUAAUGUUUAGAAUCCACUAAUCUAAAUUGAAAAAGCUUAUAAAUACAAAUAUUUUUUACAAGAGAAUCAAAAUCCACAUGUACAUUAUUUUCAAUGAAUUGAGAAGUCAUGGGAGGAAAUCUCACUAUAGGUACUUUAAAGGUGAGGAUUAUCUUAGCUUCCUUCUAUUUUCUGUGGACCUGGUGCACAACAGGUGAAAGAUUCAACUCUAGGUUAUCCAUCUACAUACCCAAAGAAGAAAGAUCAUAUUUUCCAACUUGUCCUAGUUGACAUUAGUUUAUGAAAUUUGCACCUCCUUCAACAGGAAAAAUUUGAUUUCAUACAUUAUAUUAAUUUUGUCAUUACAUACUAGGCGUAUUCAACAUAUGUAUGAUAUAAAUUCUGUAUUCUUAUGAUUACUACUUGUGUUUAGAAGGCUUUACUUGGAAGACUCCUCCGACAACUUAUAGAUCCUCUUUAGGCAGCAACUUUAGCUGGUUAGCCUUAGCAGCACUAGUGGUACCACUCUCCUUUAUGCUAGUUUGUAUUUGCUGCAUCUGCCGCGCUCAGCUAGCAGGGAGUGACAGUGAAGCACCUAUUGUUGCUACAUCAAAUACAAAUCAAGCCAUCUCCGGUGGACUCGAUACGAUCACGAUCAACUCAUAUCCAAUGGUGGUGGUUGGGGAGAGCGGGCGCCUUAUCAAAUCGGAUGAUGAUAAGUGUUCUAUAUGCUUGUCGGAUUACCACCCUGGUGACACCCUUAAGAUAUUACCAGAAUGUCUUCAUCGUUUUCAUGAUGAUUGUAUUGAUCUUUGGCUAAGCUCUAAAGCUAGUUGCCCAAUUUGUAGAACUUGCCCCCCUCAAAAUGGUUAAUUAAGGUACUAGCUCACUAUCGUCACGCAUGAAACCCUCGAAAUGGUUAUCAUAGUAUCGUCUUUUUUUGGUGAACACAGGUAGCAUAACAUAAUUAAAAAGUUGUGGCAAAAAGCCUUUUACGAAUUGUAAAAUCAUAAUAUCGUCGUGCAUGUAUAAUUAUUCUAAUAGCAAGAGCAUAAGUUGUGCCUUAUGGGGAUGUAAAUAAUUAGUAUCAAAGUUUAGUGACAAUCUUGAAAAAAAAAAAAAACAAAAUUGAUGGAUUGUUUUACUUUUAUAGUACAACAU